UGCACCUUCACUGUUGGCUUUUGCAGGAUUUUGUAACUAGAUGGAGUCGCGGUUUUGUGUAUGUGUCGAGAUUCUCAUGUGAGAUUUGAAGUUUGGGUAGUAGGAGGGAGGUGAUUGAUUUUCUUAGAUCGUUCGCUGAAGGUUAAAUUGGCUUCUGGAAGGUUGCAGUGGAGGCGAUGUGGAGUGGGUUACUGAUGGUGUGUCUCAGGGUUACUAACUUACGUUCCUCAGUGAUAUAAUUACCUGUAAAGGGAAGGUGACGCUUGAUUAAUUGAGGCAGAAAAGUUCGAGAUAUUUGAAAGGGGUCUGCAGUCCAGCAUGUCCAAAAGGAAAGAGAUGCGGUGAAAAGAUGGAGUUUCAAGAAACUGAUUUCUUACCUUUCCAGAGACCCAAAUUAGUGAGGUAAUUGUGCUCUACAAAUUAUCUGCGUCGAUUCAUUUGAUAUCUCGCGACGAUUUUUUUUCGAAUAUUGGUGACAGGAUUCUCAGACACCUGGAAAAAGGUUCCUUAAGUACCCUAGACGAAGCCUCCAAAUUACAUCUCCAGUUUUCAUAGCUGUUUGCAACGGUGCUCAAGGUUGAAGAAAUGCUGAACUAUUCACCCGGAAUUGGACAUAUUUCAGCUACUCCUGCAGCUCCUGGCGUUGGUCUCCAGCGCUACCACUCUGCGCCUGGUGCUUUCCUACAAGCAGCAGCAGAUGACGCAUUCUCCCAGAUUCCCCUUCCCUUGGAAAACUCCGAUGUGGAUUCCGCGUUCGGCGACUGUGGGCUGCCGCCCAUCACAGAGCAGACAGACAUGGAACAGAUGGACAGCGGCAACAGCAUGGUGGAGUUCGAACAGUUUCUGCCGCUCGACAGCGAUUUCAGCGAGAGAGCUGCCAUGUCUGCCCUUGGUGUUGCCAAAUCUGAGAAUGUUGACACAUUUGCGAGUUUCUUCCCACCUGCGAAGGAGACUCGGUCAGUGCGUGAGAAGAGAGUGUCAAUUGCAGAAAAGAUUAUACCAAAUCAAGAAAUAAUUACGAUUUCAGAGGAUCACCAUUCAGAAGACAGCAUCUCAGGGACUUCGGAAGUUAAUAGCCUUAGGAAUGGAUUCAAUGUAGCGAUGUACUCACAAGAUGAUUUUUUCAGAACCGAUACCAUGACUUCUAUGCCAACAAGUCAAGGAGGUAAGCGGCAGCGGGGGUUCGCUGGAGAGUACACUACAUCAAAUGACUCAGAGUUGAACUUCAAGUCAUUCCGGUUAGGCAUCAAUCAGUCCACCGGCUUCAUCCGCCAUGCAAGCUUCCCGACAAGUGGAGAGGGCGUAAACAUGGACUCAAACCCUGACGACCGUUACGUCCAGAUGCGACUUCGAGCCAAGCGUGGAUGCGCCACCCAUCCGAGGAGCAUCGCGGAGCGUGUGAGGCGGACUGGAAUCAGUGAGCGCAUGAAGAAGCUGCAGGACUUGGUCCCCGGCAUGGAGAAGACGACCAACACGGCUACCAUGCUGGACGAAACCAUGGAUUAUGUGAUGUCGUUGCAAAACAAGGUUACCGAGCUUCAGGAGUCGAUUGUGCAGCUAAAACCUGGGGCCACACUGAUCAACAGCUCCUAAAUGGACAGCUGAAUAGUUCAGUUAUUGCUCCGUUCCGUUGUAAUAUAGUUUCAAUUUUAUAUCUCUUCAUUGAAGCAUUCGGACUCAGAAGUUCUUGGAAUUUGUACAGUUGAUGGUAUUAAUUGAAAUUCUUUUUUGGUACA